GCCUCUGUUCCCUCUAAACAAUCUACAGUUUCAUAUGGCACUUGAUGAAGUCCACACUUGUAUCACUCUAGGGGAAACAGAAAUGCCAAGUGUCGAGUCAGUAUCCUGUAAUGCCUAAGAUUCCAAAUCAUCUCUGACAUCUCAUUCCAUGGACAGGAACAGUAGCUUCAUCAAGGCUAUCAUAGUGACACAGUAGGACAGUGAGAAGAUAAACAGUGGAAUUACAUCAGUAACUGAAGACCCUGCUGACAACUUGCGGGAAAUUCUCCAGAAUGUGGCCAAACCCCAAGGCGUUUCCAACAUGAGAAAGUUAGGCCAUCUGAACAAUUUUAUUAAGCUUCUCUGCAAUUUUGGCCACAGUGAAGAGAAGUUAGGCUUUACAUAUGAAGAAAUUAUUAUAUGCUUGCGAUUAGCAUUAUUAAAUGAAGCAAAAGAGGUGAGAGCAGCAGGUCUCCGAGCUUUGCGAUAUCUCAUCCGAGAUACCAGUAUUUUACAGAAGGUGCUACAAUUUCGAGUGGAUUACUUAAUAGCUAGGUGCAUAGAUAUACAGCAGAGUAAUGAAGUAGAGCGGACGCAGGCACUUCGCUUAGUUCGAAAGAUGAUCACUGUGAAUGCUGCACUUUUCCCAAGCUCCAUUACCAACUCCUUAAUCGCUUUAGGAAAUGAUGGUUUACAAGAGAGGGAUCGUAUGGUCCGAGCAUGUAUUGCUAUUAUCUGCGAAUUAGCACUUCAGAAUCCAGAAGUUGUAGCCCUGAGGGGGGGUUUGAGUACCAUUUUAAAGAAUGUAAUUGACUGCCAGCUCAGCAGAAUAAAUGAGGCUCUGAUCACAACAAUUUUGCACCUUCUUAAUCACCCAAAGACACGACAGUAUGUGCGUGCUGAUGUAGAAUUAGAGCAAAUUUUAGCACCUUACACGGAUUUUCACUACAGACAUAACCCAGAUACAGCUGAAGGGCAGGUCAAAGAAGACCGAGAAGCCCGAUUUGUGGCUAGCAAAAUGGCAAUAGUGGCAGCUUUCCGUUCUUGGUCAGGAAUUAUUAACCUGUGUAAGCCAGGUAACUCUGGCAUCCAGUCUUUGCUUGGUUUGCUUUGUAUACCAAAUAUGGAAGUACGGAAAGGGUUAUUGGAAGUAUUGUAUGACAUUUUUCGACUCCCUAUUCCAAUAGUAACGCAAGAUUUUACUGAAGCUCUUCUUAGUGUUGAUCCUAGUAGAUUUCAAGAUAGCUGGAGGCUAUCAGAUGGAUUUGUGGCAGCUGAGGCAAAACUUCUUCUUCCUCAUCGAGCCCGAUCAAGACCAGACUUGAUGGACAAUUAUCUGGCAUUGGUGCUUUCUGCUUUUAUUCGUAGUGGACUUCUAGAAGGUUUAGUUGAAGUCAUAACAAGCAGUGAUGACCAUGUAUCUGUUAGGGCAACUAUCCUUUUGGGAGAGCUUUUGCACAUGGCCAACACAAUACUUCCCCAUUCACACAGCCACCAUUUGCACUGCCUUCCAACACUCAUGAAUAUGGCAGCAUCUUUUGAUAUCUCACAGGAGAAAAGAAUGCGAGCCAGUGCUGCAGUAAAUUGCCUGAAACGCUUCCAUGAAAAGAAGAAGAGAGGUCCAAAGCCCUACAGCCUCUACUUGGACCAUAUUGUUAAGAAAUCAAUGGCAGCACACUACAAGAGAGACCAAUAUCAAAGAGUACAAAAAGAUAUUUUUGUCCUAAAGGAUACAGAGGAAGCACUUAUGAUGCAUCUCAGAGACAGUAAUAUCUUGGUGCACAAGCAGAAUUUAGACUGGAACUGGGACCUCAUAGGAACUAUUCUUAAGUGGCCAAAUAUAAAUCUCCGUAACAACAAAGAUGAACAGAUGCACAGAUUUGUGAGGAGAUUAUUGUAUUUCUUCAAACCCAGCAGUAAACUGUAUGCCAAUUUAGAACUGGAUCACAGUAAAUCUAAGCAGCUAACUGUUGUGGGAUGCCAGUUUGUUGAGUUUCUUCUUGAAUCAGAUGAGGAUGGGCAGGUGUAUCUUGAAGAUUUUGUAAAGGAUAUUGUACAAUGGCUGUCAUCCUAUUCAGGGGUAAAACCAGAUCGCAGCCUUCAGAACAAUGGUCUGCUUAACACACUUUGUCAACAUUAUUUCCUUUUCUUGGGAACUUUAUCCUCUCAUCCCCAUGGAGUCAAGAUGCUUGAAAAGUGUAGCGUCUUUCAAUGUUUGCUUAAUCUGUGCUCUUUGAAGAACCAGGACCACUUAUUAAAGCUGACUGUUUCUACGUUAGACUAUAGUAGGGAUGGACUGGCAAGAGUCAUUCUGUCAAAAAUUCUAACAGCCUCUACAGAUAACUGCAGACUUUAUGCAACAAAGCAUCUGAGGGUUUUACUCAGAGCCAAUGUUGAAUUUUUCAGUAACUGGGGAAUUGAAUUAUUGGUAACACAGUUACAUGACAAAAACAAAAGUAUUUCUUCAGAGGCUCUAGAUAUUCUUGAUGAGGCUUGUGAAGAUAAGGCCAAUCUUCAUGCUUUGAUUCAGCUGAAGCCAGCUUUGUCCCAUCUUGGUGAUAAGGGAGUACUGCUACUUUUACGAUUUCUUUCCAUUCCAAAAGGCUUUUCCUAUUUAAAUGAGAGGGGUUAUGUAACCAAACAGCUUGAAAGGUGGCAAAAGGAAUAUAAUUUGAAAUAUGUGGAUCUUAUUGAAGAACAACUUAAUGAAGCACUCACUACCUACCGAAAGCCUGUAGAUGGAGACAACUAUGUCCGUCGGAGCAAUCAAAGGUUACAAAGGCCAAAUGUCUUUCUUCCUAUUCAUCUAUAUGGUCAGUUGGUCCAUGAUAAAACAGGGUGUCAUCUUAUAGAGGCUCAGAGUGUUGUUCCAGAUUUAAGCUACACUGUUCGAUCACCAAUGCUGGACAAGUGGGAUGGUAUUAAACAGCUGAAAGCGGCACUUUGGGCCCUGGGUAACAUUGGCUCAUCAAACUGGGGUUUAAAUCUUCUUCAGGAAGAGAAUGUCAUUCCAGAUAUAAUUGCUCUUGCCCAGCAUUGCGAGGUUCUAUCUAUCAGAGGAACCUGCUUAUAUGUUCUUGGUUUAAUUUCUAAAACUAAACAAGGUUGUGAAAUCUUGAAGCAACACAAUUGGGAUGCAGUUCGACAUAGUCGAAGGCAGCCUUGGCCAGUUGUCCCUGAUGAAAUGGAGCAACUAUGCAAUGAACUACCCUCCGUGCCAAGCACUCUUAGCUUGAACUCAGAAUCCACAAGCUCCAGGCACAAUAGUGAAAGUGAAUCUACACAGCCCAGCAUGUAUAUUUUGGAUGAUGACAGAUGUGAUGUGGAUCUCACAGAUGAUCAACCAAUCUACAUACGUCCAAAACCUGUCAAAGACCGGAGUCCAUUUACUAUUAUUGCUCCAUCUCGGUUGAGGACACGCUUUCUUAUUUCUCUACAAUUACCCAUCAAGAAACAGCGUAGUAGUAGUGACUCCAAGGGAGGAAAGUUGCUUAUGGAGCCAAAAUCAGAUUCAAGGCGCAACCGUGCUGUCACAGAACCUUCCAGUUAUUCACAGGGGGAUGUCUUUACACCUGUUUUUAAUGGUGGCCGCAUUCCAGAAAGUCCAACUAUGAGCUUAGUGACUUCUUUUGUUGGGGGCAGAAUAUCUGAUGACAGAGGAAGCACCCCAAGUAUUGGGGAAUCAGAUAUAAAACUCUCAAAAGAACUGGGAAAUGAAAACCUUAGAAAUCACACAAGUAGAGAGAGAUUGGUGGGUGAUAGUUCCACUAGCACCCAGUUUAAAAGUCGAAGCCAAAGCUUUAAUACGGACACAACGACCAGUGGUAUUAGUUCAAUGAGCUCGAGUCCUUCUCGGGAAACAGUUGGCGGAGUUGACACAGCAACAAUUGAUACAGACUCUGGAAGUAUGAAUACAGUAGUUAGCACAAGAACUGUAAAAACCAUUCAUUCCCUCACUCCUCAGAUGAACCACUUGCCUCUUUCAAAAUCAAACUCUGUCUCCCUGGUACCUCCAGGGUCUUCCCACACACUUCCUAGAAGAGCCCAGUCUUUAAAAGCUCCAUCAAUGUCUACAGUAAAAAGCUUUGGAGACAGCCAGUUCAUGUAUACAAGCCCAAUAGAUGCCUUUGGAUACACUACACUUAAAAGGAUUGAGCAACAAAGAAUGCAACUGCACCCCUCUCUUUCAUAUUCAGAAGCACUUGCAUCUCCAGCAAAGGAUGUGCUUUUUACUGAUACCAUAACCAUGAAAACUGGCAGUUUGGAUUCCAGGUUGACACACCAAAGGUUCAUGAAAACAUUAAGCUUUGCGUCACUUGAUAAAGAAGAUUUAUUAAGUCCAAUCAAUAAAAACACACUUCAGCGCUCAUCCUCAGUUCGGUCAAUGGUUUCUAAUGCCACGUUUGGUGGUUCUGAUGAUUAUAUUGGUUUGGUAUUACCCAUGGACAUUAACGAUAUGUUUCAGGUAAAAGAAAUCCCAUAUUUUCAGCAGCGGACAAGUCCACCUUCUGAAGAGCGAUUUGCAAAAUUUUUCUUCAGUGAAUCAGAAGGUUCUGGUGAGUUUGUUCGCAGUCCUUUGCAGGCACUGAGACAACAGAUCAGUAUAACGGAGCUUAUGAACACAAGUCGUUCUGACCAAGCGCAGCUGCUAGGAAACAUGGAGGACACAGGCCUACAGGAACACACAGAGGAGAAUUGCCUUUACUGUGUUUGUGUUCAUGUUAUGGGUUGCCAAGCUAAUAACCACCUCAACUCUACGUUGAACCGUACAGAUUUCACUGACAAUUCAUAUUCAGAUUGGUGUGGACCUACUAUUCACAAUCAUCUGGAAGUAACACAGUCAAAAUUUUCUGGGAUUUCUGGAUGUAGUGAUGUUGUAUCCCAAGGUUCAGCAGGCAGCACGCGGAGUACUGAAUUGUUGCUAGGAGGAAAGUCAAUUUCUGAAGACACCCCAGCAUGCCGUGUUCUGUUGCGUAAAGAAGUCUUACGUCUGGUUGUUAAUUUGAGCAGUUCAGUCGGAACAAAAGGGCAUGAAACAGGACUUCUUACAAUCAAAGAAAAGUUCCCGCAUGCUUUUGAGGAUAUAUGCCUGUAUUCUGAGGUCUCCCACCUGUUGGCACAUUGCAUGUUUCGACUACUGUCUCGAAGGUUUAUUCAAGAACUUUUUCAGGAUGUGCAGUUUACUCCGAUGUAUGAAGAAGCGGAGACCAUUUUGGCAGCACCACCAAAGCAAGUAGCAAUAGAUUCCACAGAUCUAAGCACUGAUCCUGCCUUCUAGCGUUUUGAACUGUUAUUUAAUCUUUAUUUAAUUUGCUUCUUAUUGUCCCUGUGAACGUUUCAUUAACUACACUACAAACAAUGGAAUGACUGGCAAUGAUUGGAAACUGAAGAAGUCCCGGUCACAUGAACAAAUUACAAUUAUCUUCUACACUUUUGAUGGUCGUUUCUGGAUACCACAUUGUUACCAAAUGCUGAUGCGGACUAUCAAAUGAGUUUAGCACUGAACACAUAAGGAAUUCUUAGAAAUUAACUGAAUUUCACCUUUUGUUAGCCCUUCAUAUCACUACACUUGGAUUUUGGCUUCAGUCUUAAAAUGCCAGAAAUCCAUUAAGGGCUCACUAAAUAUUUUUAAAGUACAUUGUAGUUUAAUAUAGAACAUUCUUUUAUUUAUAGUUUAAUGUUUUACUUUUUAAGGGAGCAGGGUGUGUUUUUUUUUUUCUUCUUCUUCUUAUAAACUUUCCAGGCUUUCCAAAGUUUAUGAUCAAAGCACCAUUAAAGGAAGUAAAAGCCAGAGCAAUGUGCUUUCACUACAGUAUUUUUUAAAAUUCCUUUUGACAAUCACUUUUUCAGAGAUGCAAUAAGUAUGACUUAAUUAUAUACAAAUGUCUAACUAUAAAUGCAUUUUUUUCCUUUCCCGAAUAUUGUGAAUUUUAAACACGAUCUGAACAAUAUUUAAAACAUGAAUGUCUGCAGUGUAUAUUAACAUUUGAAAAAUAUGAUUCUGUUGUCGGGCGACGCUGUAGUGAAACAUUAAUGUACCAAAAUAUAAAAAUAAUUCUCUUCUACCAUUGGGUCUAUUUUAGGGCAGGUGUGUUUGCUUGGCCUUUGUUUUAUUAGUCAGAUUGCUGUAUUUGUUUAAGGACUGGAGUGAGCAGUCAAAGAGAGUACAUGAUUGAUCUAUAGUAUAAUUGAUCUUUUGGACAGCUACAGUAAGUGCCAUAUUGUUUCGUGUUGGGACUUGUGUGAGCAAAUGAAACUCUAUCCCAUAUGUUUAAAAUUUCUGUCCUCUUUCAGAAAUGUCAAUGUUUUUAGUAUGUAGACUGACCGCAGAGGUUUUACUUAUUUUUUUUUUUUGUCUAUUUAAAACUUAUGCAUUAUAUCUUCAGACAUGAAAAACAAAUGUAACAAGCGUAAAAAGAAAGUGGAUAUGGUUGUCAGGACAACUAUAGACUUACAUACAUACAAUAGUUUAAGAUUUUCAUUUUCUUUUUACUGAUUUUCACCAUCAAAACAGUUCAAAUUCAAUACAUGUAAAGUAGAUGUGAAAUAUUUCUCUAAAAUAAUGUGUUAAUGGUUACAGCAUUCUAAUAUUAAUACAAAGAAACCAUGUCGAGUAUUGUAUUUUAAUGUCAUGAAUUUCACACAGUGUUUUACAAUUUUGCGUAAGGUGAAUUUUUAUACUUGCUAUGCAAUGUGUCCCACAGGAGUCGUGGUGAACACGGGUACCUUGCUUUUUGUGGGGUUACUUUACAUGAAUCAUUCUCUGGCUGGACCACAUUCUGUUUUGCCUAGCAUCUUAAUUUAUUUAACAUGUCGUUCGUAAAAUUGCCAGCACUGCAUAGAUAAGAGACUUCUGCCAAACAAUUCUUGUUUGACAGCUUUAACUGACUACUACACUGAACAUUGCUGUUGGAUUAUAGUCUUUAAAUGCCCAACUAUAUAUUUGCACAGGUAUUGCUUUUAAGUAGCAUAUUGAUCAUGAAAAUCGUUAAACAUUCCUCUCAUUUUAUUCAGCAAAACGCAUACAGGUUGAGGACUUAAAAUUUCCAACAUGAUGAAUAGUUCUAUAUUUCAGUGCUAGUCAUGUUGUGGAUCACAAUUCAAAACUAGCCCAAUUUAACCUUAGUUAUCAUGAAAUAUCAUGUCUCAGAAAUGGCAAAAAGGAAAUUGCAAUAUUUAUUUUAUUGUAUGUGAAUGAAUUUUUAAAAAAAUGAAUGGAUCAAUUGAUAUUUUACUGUCUUGUUUUAUAUGCUGUCGCACAUUUGCUGAUUAUUAAGAUAUUCUGUAUUUUAAUAUGACUUGUAUGUAAUGCCAAGAUUUAUAGUUUUUUUGUAUUUUAAUAGUAAAGAUUCUGCAAAAUAUAGAAUCUUUGAGAAAUAACCGGGUACGCUAAUAAUGAUUUUCAAGACUAUUUCUGUUUAAGUUCAAAACGAGAUGUAAUCAAGGCCAAUCAUAGUCCAGUCCUAGGACUUAAUUUUUAUAUUCUUGAUCUGAGUAACAGUAACAAUAUUUUUGCAAUUCUGUGGCAGAUUUUUAUUGAAUCGAUUCACACUUUGCAUCCACACUUUCAUAGCAUAGUCAUGUUAUUUCCUUUAUGAUGGUACAUGAAUUUGAAAUUAUUGAUGAGGUAAUGAAGAGUUUAGGAAUGCAAGGAAGAUAAUUAGUGUGAAUUAAGAGACGAGAGUCUCAGAUCAGUGUAGAGUAUGGUGCAAUGUCUUCUUGAAUUGGAACCUAUGCACAAACUAAAGUCACUACAUUUGAAUAGAUACACUUGUGAAUUUUAUCAUUGUCACUGGCACCAUUGCAGCAAUGAAGUCUUAACCUCCUGGACGGCAUGUGUCCAAGUAUUUAUGUAUAUAGAUUUAUGUAACAUAUAUAUACAAUACGGAAUAUAAUAGUCCAAACUAUCUGUGAAAUCCACAUAUUUGGCCACUUCCAAGUCCUUCGAUUGCUACCUUAAUGGUCCUAUACCUGUAUGUGUGACUUUCAUGAAAUAGAUAAGUUUUAUUAGAAAACAUUGUUCCUAAUUAAAGAAUCAGUAUUCAGUAGAACAACAUUCGCAAAAAUGAGCAUUUCUUUUGAAUGAACUUAACAAUUGCUGAUGCAGAUUUUGGAGGAUAUUUGUAUCCUCCAGUAAGAGAACAUGAUCAGAUUGUCCAAGCCUGCUUCUGGAGAAGGCUGACCUAAGAUCUCACGGUACGUUAAAACUUCUGUUAUCGCCUGUGGUAUGAGAUACUUCGUCAAAAGCAAGCUUGUGGUUUACAAAUUUCAAUUCAAAAGUUCGUAAUUCACUUCUGCUAAGAUGUUUUGUGAACGAGUUUUCAUAUUUCAUUCCUGUUAAAGAUAACUUUGUUUCGUCUUUGCUGCACACCUAAUAGCCAUUGUUUUUAUGUAUUUACGAAAAGAGAUUGCUAACCAAGAGGUUGUAUAAGAAUGCAUGCUACCUUUAAAUUCAACUCACAUGCAACACGGGAGAUUCCAGCUGUUGUCCUCCCUUACUUAAAAGUGCAUCCAAGAUUGUUCUUUUUCUAUGCCAUUGUUUCUCGAGAAAUGUGUACUUUCAGUUAUACUCAUCUAUCAUCAUAACUAGGGUUCUCACAGCAUGCACAAAUUGCACGACUUUGCCUAUUCUUCUUUCUAAACUACACUAUUUAAUUUAAUUUGCAUAAGUAAUUUAUGCCAAAAAGUGUAUAAAUUGAAAAUGUUGAUAAAACCAAGUUUAGAUUUUAACUAAAAGGUAAAUUUUUUUUAUGUAAACAAAUUUGUCUAAAAUUAUUGAUAUAUCACUAUUCAUAAUUUAGCAUUGUGGAAGAUAAUUAUUUAAUUGUUUUUCUUAUGUUUUUAAGAACAGAUAAAGGCGUAUUAGCCAAAAUCCUCAUGUGGAUUUUAUGUUUGUCUGUUUUGUUUUUUUUCUCUAGUUUAAAGCUGCUAGAUAUUUGGCUGAUCUAGACGUGUAGGUCACUGAAAGAACAUUGAAACCUGAUUUAUAUUGUAUACCUGUAUAAUAGACAAAAACAAAGAAAAAAUACUUAUUUAUAUUUUUUCCUUAAACAAUAUUUCAUGAAGCUGUGUAUAAUUUAAAGAGACUUUUGCAAGUAUGGUUUUGCCACCAUUUUGUUUCUUUGUAUAGUGUGUACAGUAUAUGUCUUUGGGCAUUACAAGGCCUCAUGAAGCAUACAAUCUUAUCAAAGGGAUAUCUUGUUAAUAAAAUAUACAUGAAUUAUA